GUACCCGGCUCAGUUCUCCUUGCCCGUCCGACUGAUACGUGUCAGUGAUUGUGAAUUUGAAUUCUAAGUUUGAUAGGAAAAGGUUGAAAAUGUCGGCGUCACCGAUCGCGAGGCAAGCGACGCACAGUCAGGCGAUACCCUCGAGGAGGGUGCUCAUCACAGACCCAGCACAGAUGCCGGAUGUGUACUCCAGUACCCCUGGAGGCACCUUGUAUUCGACCACGCCUGGAGGCACCAGAAUCGUCUACGAAAGGUCUUUCAUGAUGUCCCUGAGGCAAUCACCGAUCUCACAAACCCCACCGAAGUGUUCCCUGCCAGCUGCCCUUCUGAAGAACCCAGGUUCCGUCCCACACUCGGUCAGCUCACCUGUCCAGAAGAACUCACGUUCAAACUCGAUCUCGUUCGACGAAUCCCAGGAAACCUUCAGCAUGGAUCUCUAGACUUUAGGUUAGGUUAUAGUAUUAUGAACAAAUGCGUUGUGAAGUAAUAAAAGAGCGUAUUGCUCUUGGCUUAGCUUGGUUGGCUUACAGGACCUACGAGCAAAGAUUAAAGUGACCAGAUUAUUAUAAUUAUGUACUUUAGAAUCUGGUCCUCAAAAAACUUAAAAAUCCUGGCCGCCGGCGGCACUAUGACCGUUAAGGCAUUAACACGUUCACAGCUCCCACACAUUUUGGAAAAAAGUAAUGUAUCAGUCACACAGAGUAUUUGCAACUAUUAAGUGCUACGCUGGCAAAUCUUGUGUGCAUUCACAAAAAAAUAAAAAUGAGUUUUAGUUAAAAACUUUUUGAAAAUGGAAUCACAACAGCAUUUGUUUCAAGUACAAGGCCUAAGUAACACUGCUGCCACAUCUAUGUACUCGACAAAUUAAUGUUAAAAGACUGCUGGUUGCAUCGUCAUUUAGGUCUUAAAUGUUAAGUAAGAUUAUGUUACUAGUUGUACGACGCGACUGACCCGCGUUAUAAACGCAAUCCUUUGCUGCGCCCCACAAAAACAAUAAAAAAAACUAAAAAAUAAAAAUCUAUUAAACAAAAAAACCACACUCAAUUUUUAAUGUAAUGGAUGGAACAAUGUGUUAUUAAAAAGCAGCAAUGGAUUUACUGUAAAUAAACUUAGUUUAAGGCGUUUGACGCACUUUGUCUAGGUGCUUAGUAUUUGUAGGUACUAUUAUUUUAUUAUUUAAGAUAGCAAGUGCCAUUACGUAGAAGGAAAUUUAGUGAAUAAUUUUCUUCUGACUUGGUGUUGCUGAAAGAAAGUCAAUCAGUCAGGCAAUCUCAGAAUAUCAUGGCUGGUGUCUACAUAUUUGAGCUUGUUUUUUGUACAAGAUAUUAUUGUGUUAUUUAUAUCUUAUUGUACUUUAAAAC